UAGCUAUUAAUUCUGCCAACAAUAUUUCCCCGAAGAUUUAACUAUCUCAUUUACUCCUCCUACUACUAGUAUUUAUUACAUAUCAAAGCCUUCUUCCUUCCAAUUCAAUCCCAAAGAUAGAAACAAUAAGAAAGCUAACUCUAGCACUACCCUUCCACAUUUUGAAGUGUUGUUUGAAAACUUAUAGAAGUGAAGCAAAUGGCAUCGAUACACGCCUUAUGGCUCCUUUGCGUUCUGGUGUUGGUUGCAGGGAUUAAUGGUGCAAAAAUUCCAGCUAUCAUAGUGUUCGGGGACUCAUCAGUUGAUGCUGGAAAUAACAAUUAUAUUCCCACGAUUGCUAGGAGCAAUUUUGAGCCUUAUGGUCGUGAUUUUAAUGGUGGCCAUCCAACAGGAAGGUUCUCCAAUGGCAAAAUCGCAACCGACUUCAUCUCCCAGGCUUUUGGGCUCAAAGGGGCCAUUCCUGCCUACCUUGAUCCUGCAUAUAAUAUAUCAGAUUUUGCCACUGGUGUUUCCUUCGCUUCUGCUGGAACCGGCUAUGACAAUGCCACUUCUGAUGUUCUUUCAGUGAUACCACUCUGGAAAGAGCUAGAGUACUACAAGGAUUAUCAAAGGAAACUGAAAGCCAAUCUUGGAGAUGAUAAAGCGAACGAUAUAAUCAGCCAGGCUUUAUACAUAAUAAGCAUUGGAACAAAUGACUUCCUUGAAAACUAUUACGCAAUCCCAGGCCGUUCAUCGCAAUACACCAUCAAAGAAUAUGAAAACUUCCUGGUUGGCAUCGCUGGAAAUUUCACAAAGAAACUCUACGAUCUUGGAGCCAGAAAAAUUUCGUUAGGAGGGUUGCCUCCAAUGGGGUGCAUGCCAUUGGAAAGAACACGCAAUCUUAUGGGAGGAAGUGAGUGUGUGGAUAGUUACAACAACUUGGCAGCCGAGUUCAAUAGCAAAUUGAACGAUUCGGUGAUAAAGCAGAACAAGGAGCUUCAUGGGAUGGACAUGGUCUUUUCAGAUCCGUUUGUUUUAAUGGAAAUCAUACGAAAACCUGCCGUUUAUGGAUUUGAGGUAACAGAGGUGGCAUGCUGUGCGUCAGGGAUGUUCGAAAUGGGAUAUGCAUGCAGUCGGACUAACCCCUUCACAUGUUCGGAUGCAGACAAGUAUGUGUUCUGGGAUUCUUUCCACCCAACAGAGAAAACCAAUGGUAUCGUUGCCAAUUAUGUGGUGAAGACUGCUCUAGCCAAGUUUCUUUGACAAAUCCAUGCUUAAUAUUUUAGUAUUAUAUAUAU